AUGGGAAGGUUGGAGAAGCUUGAAGAGUUAGAUGCCUCAGGGUGUAAAUAUCUACAAGGAGAAAUCCCAAGUGAGAUAGGGGAUUUAUCUUCACUGCAAGUCCUUCGGUUAGAAAAGACACGCAUUUCCGGUUUGCCAAAAGGCAUUCACAAGUUAUCAUGUCUCCAAGAGCUUGAUUUAGGGAAAUGCGAAGAGCUACAAUCUCUGCCAGAGCUUCCCUCGAGCCUAACAAGUCUACAUCUCGUCUGUGAGAGAAUCCCAGAUAUUGCCAACCUAAUCAAUCUAAUACAAUUAUCAAUGAAAGUCAGGAAUUUGAGUGCCUUAACUACGAUGAAGACCCUCUCUCAACUUGUUGAUCUCCAUAUUGAACUUCAUGAUGACAUAAAAUGGCUGCCAGAUCUUCCCUCGAGUCUAUUGAAGCUUAAAGUCAGCCAAGGUCCAGAUUUGGAGAGAUUUCCAGAUUUGUCAAAUUUUAAACGCUUAUCAGAAUUGCAUCUCCACAGUUGCUCUGAGUUAACUGAAAUCAAAGGGCAUGAAGAACUUGUUUGCCUAACUGCUUUGACAGCAUCAUUUUGUGAAAAGCUAUAUAAGCUGGAGGGCCUUGAACCUUGUGAGAAUCUGGGUCUGAAGAGAAUAGAAGCUGGGAAUUGCAGGAAGCUAGUUGAAAUAACAGGCCUUUAUAAUGCUGAACACUUGGAAGUAUUGGACCUCUCUGACUGUAGUUCCUUGGAAAGAUUACCAGAACUACCAUGCCCCGGGGCCUUGAAAGAUCUGAACAUCAGUGGCUGUGAGAAGAUCCAUGAUAUCCAAGCGCUUGAGGAAUUCUCUUUGUGCAAGAGACUAUGCAUUGAACAAUGCAAGUUGAUUGUAAACCUUCCGGAUCUUUCGGAAUUUGAAGAUUUAGAAUACUUGACUCUGAAUGAAUGUCCACAACUUGUGGAUGUUCCAGGGCUUGAUCGAGCGAGAUCGUUAAAAUUUAUUAACAUUUCAAGGUGUGAGAUGCUUGAGAACUUACCGGAUUUGUCAGGUUUAGAACUCUUGGAAGAUCUAAAAGUACGACAUUGUGGGAAACUAGCAGAGCUCCAGGGGCUUGGAGGGUUGAGAUGCUUAAGCAUUGUGGAUUUCUCUGGAUGCAACUUGCUGAAAUCCCCGGAAUUACCUAGCAGAACACGCCAAGUAUGUUCAUUGUUCAAUCUAUUUGACUACGAUAAUCCAGGCCAGAUUGUUUUGAGGUGA